CGCCACGAAGCAGGUGCCACUUGCCUUUGUCUUCAUGUCGCGGCGAAAGAGUAAAGACUACAGAGCCGUCUUCCGCGCCAUCGACGAUCUCCUGCCACAACGAGCAGCAGUACUUGAAUUCGUAGCAGACUUUGAGACAGGGAUGUGGAAGGGGAUCCGGGAAGUAUAUCCUGGCUUGCCAAUCAAGGGGUGCUGCUUCCAUUGGAACCAGGCUGUCUGGAGGAAGGUGCAGGAGCUCGGACUUGCACAACAAUACCUAAAUGACGACGGCACGUGCAAAUUCAUAAAGAAGAUCUUCGCCCUCCCGUUCCUUCCUGCAGAACACGUGGAAGCAGCCUUCGACGGUCUGAGAAGAGCAACCCAAGUUCCAGGACUGGUGACCCUCUUGGAUUACGUUGACCGCACAUGGAUGAGGAGCAGCGUGUGGUCAGUGGACGCCUGGUCAGUUUUUAACCAGAGUGUGAGGACGAACAACGAUGUGGAGGGCUGGCAUCACAGACUGAACCAUCGUGCCCUCGGAACAGCCCCCCCCUUUUACAAGCUGAUCCCAAUGCUGCACAACGAGGCCAGGCUGAUUCCGCUGAUAUGCCGGUUCGUGUCGGAGAGGAAGAUGCGACGGCGACAGAGGAAGGCCUUUGUAGAUGUACAGGGCAAAAUCUUUCAACUGUGGGGACGGUACACAGCUGGUGGCGUGUCGACGUCUAGAUUUUUAUCAGCCUGUGGGAAACUCUACGCCCCUGUUGCCCACUGACUUUUAUCACAUCUUUCUAUGUUCUUUUGGUGAUUCUGUAUUAUAAAAUAUAUGUAGGUGGUCGAAUAAAAAAUGUACUUUCUCGUUCUGCUUCCUGGUUUUUUUUAUGUACUCUUGCAUGUAGCACGUUGCGGCAGUCAUUUUGAUGUAACAGAAAUUGGUCUGCACAUGUCGUAAUUUUACUGCUUUGGCAUAUAAAUACUGUAUUGAUUGAGAAAUACUAGGAUAAACUGUUCAAUUCUGCUACUUGAAAAUCUGAUUUCGACAUAUAGCCGCUUUCCUCAAGUAUCAAUGAACCCGUAUCAAUAACUCGGGGCCGAGUUGUCUCGGACAACUCGGCCUCGG